CCAAGGUCAUAAAACCCCCCACAACGACACCGUCUUGCCAUGACUUCAUCUUCUUUGUCCCUCCCUCUUGAAGUUAGAUCAAAUAUUUUAGUCACACCCAUCUCCACUCUGAAAUCAGGAAACCGAACAUGCAAGACUACUGAGUCACUCCAGGAGGAAAUGAAACAUAACUAGUGAAACACCGCCUUUCUCUGCACAAACAUGGCAGAUCCCCGUGUCCCCGUGAGGAUGAACCACCUCUGCUGUCGAAUCUGCUGCAAAGUUCUCAGGAAUCCUGCGACGAUUCCCUGCGGCCACAACUUCUGCAUGCAGUGUAUUCAGGACUGCUGGGAUCAUGAAGAGAGCAGCGACUUUUCCUGCAGCUGUCCUGAUUGUGGUUGCUCGUUUUCUUCCAGACCCCAGCUGAUCAAGAACACAACUCUGGCUGACUUGGUUAGAGACACAGAAAGGUGUGAUGCAGGCGUCGAGAAGAGAAAGCAGCAGCGCUCGGGAGAGUCAGUGAAGAGACCCCGCAGCUGCACAGUGACAUCAAGAGGACCUUUGUGUUGGAGGCACAACAAACUCUUGAAUGUUUACUGCUGCACUGAUGAGAAGAUUAUAUGUGAAGAGUGCGCUUCAGCUGAGCACGGAGGACACACAAUUGGGUUGGUGGGAGAGGAACGGAGGAGGAAACAGGAGGAGCUGGAGAAUGUAAAGAGGAAAUCCAAGCAGAUUCUCCAGAAACAAGAAGAGAAAUGGAAAAACAUGAGGAAGAUUCGGGAACAGAUUCAGGAGGAGGCAAGAGAAACAGAUGACUACUGUGAAAGUGUCUUGGCCGGUGUCAUUGACUCCGUGCAGAGACAUUACCUGUCAGUGAGGCAGCUGAUCGGUGCUCAAGAGGAGGCGACAGCAGCUCAGACUCGGAUCUCCCUGCAGACCUUGGAGCUGAAAAUGGAGGAAAUGAAGAAAAGGGAGGCUGAGCUGGAUCGCCUGGCACAGACAGACAGCGAUGUCUAUUUCCUGCAGGAAUGGCCCUCACUCCAGCGUCUCUGUGAAGAAGACCAUCACCACGCUUUCCAUCAGGUUUCAGAGGAUCCACUCCUUCCCUUUGAGUCCAUAAAGAAGGCUGUUGAACAGCUUGGGAGGCAACUGGAAGCAUUUUGUGACAAAGAAUUUGUCUCAAUCUCUCAAACUGCUGACAGUGGAGAACAACAGGAAUCAGAAGAAGAGGAGACAGAGGAGGACGAGGUGCAGGAAAUAGAUGAAGCCAGUAUCUCACAGUCUCAUGAUCUUUCUGAAGUUAACAACACUGUAACUGGACAGACUGUGGAGCCUACAACCAGAGCAGAGUUUCUUCAGUAUGCAUGUGAAUUAACCCUGGACCCCACUACAGCUCAUGAGGACCUGCUCCUUUCCAAAGAGGGCAAAGAGGUGAGGUUGUGCCCUCAGAAAUGUAAGAGCCCAACUAUUCGUUGCCAGGAGCGGUUUGUCCACCGGCGACAGGUGCUGUGCAAGGAGGGACUGCAGGCCGAGCGCUGCUAUUAUGAGAUAGAGGUAGAAGGAGACAAGGCAGAGAUUGCCCUCGCCUACAAAGGAAUAGACAGAAAAUCUCGCACAAGACUGUCAGCAUUGGGGGGCAGUGCGAACUCCUGGAGUCUUGAUCGGUCCACAAACUAUUCUGUAAGCCACAAAGCUGACAGCGUCCAACUCACAACAUCUCCCAGUAGUCACAGGAUUGGUGUUUAUCUGAAGUUCAGAGAGGGAACUCUGUCAUUCUACGAGGUGUCAGAGAGUAUGAAGUUUCUUUACAAGGUUGAAGCAGAGUUCACAGAACCGCUGUAUCCGGGCUUCUGGCUGGGAGAGAAAAGUUGCAUCAGGAUCUCUGAUCUGAGACAAGAAACUGUGAACUAUAGUUCUCAUUAGACAAGCACAGAUUUUUAUCGUUAGAUAUAUGAAAUACAGCUAAAUUACAUAUUUUUGUAUACAAAACUCUGUUAGAGAGUGAAACCACUGAACAGCAUUACCAUCUUUAUAAAUAAUCUCAUUGUGCUGAACUCAAGGAAGUGAAACAACUCUGAGGUUAAACUAUAUCUCAGUUUUAUAUGGGGGCCCUAUGGAUUCCUUCAAGGACCCCCGUUGGUGCCUGGGCCACACUUUGGGAACCUCUGCCUUACAGAAUAUAACUGAGGAACAGUUUCUUGUCAACAAAUGUAACUCAGCUGAAAAGAUGAUUCAACAUACCACAGCAUUUCAAUCAUGUAUAAUAAUUGUGAUAACCUUUCUAUAUAGAUUAUGAUUUCUGUUACACAGAAUAUAAAUUGGAUUUUUUUUGUAAUUAAAUUCAUUCUGUGAAUGUAUAAUUUACCUAAUGUUAUCAGCAUAUGAUUGGUCACAAAUAAGUGGUCAUGAAAUGGAGAUUCAUAAUAUAGUGAAAAACAUUCUUAGCUGCAACUCAACACCAAACCUUUUUGUUGAGUUUAUUUUAUACUUCAGCCAGAGGGAGGCAGAGUAAUGUCUGUCACAGACAUUUUGUACAUAUUUACUAAUAGUAACUAGUAUAUGUAUAUGUGUAUGUAUAUAAACCCUUAAUUGUAUUUGGUAUUUUGUAUUUGUAAUGUAAUGUCCAAAUCUUUUCCCAUUUUAAAGUGAUUUGUUUUGUUCAGAUGGAUUGACAGGGUGCAGUAGUGUCAUUAUUUUGAAUAUAUAGUUAGUACGUUAAUAUGCUCACAAUAAAUGGUGCACAGAUAACAACCUACUGCCCAAUGUCAACUAAACCAAGGAGGUGAUUGUUGAUUUUAGAAAAAAAGGAGGCAAAGACACACAUCCCUGUCUACAUCAGUGGAGCUGAGGUGGAGCAGGUGAACAGUUUUAGGUUCCUGUCAUGGACAUUACACAUCUCCACCCCAGUAAAAAAAAAAAAGCUCAGAAAUGACUGAACUUCUUGAGGAAACUUAAGAAGACAAAAUUCCGAUCUCAAGUUCUUGUUAACUUUUACAGAGGAGCAAUAGAAAGCAUCCUGGCUGCAAACAUCACAGAUUGGCAUGAGAUAUGCAUGGCCCAAGACAGGAAUGCUCUGCAGCAGGUGAUUAAAACUGCCCAGAACAUCACUGGUACCCAUCUACUGAGCAUCAGUGAUAUCAGUGAGAUGAGGAGUCUGCACACAGCCCAAAGGAUACUAAAAGACAAAACCCACCCCAACCACAGCCUGUUCACCCUGCUGCCAUCUGGCAAGAGAAGUAUCUGCUGUCGUAUCACCGGACUACAGAGCAGCUUCUUUUCUCAGGCUGUGAGACUCCUCAAUUCACCCUCUGCACUACAAUAUAAAAAAUAGUUUUAUUUUUAUGACUUAUUAUUUAUUAAUCCAUUUAUAUCAUUUCUGUCUUUGUGAGUAACAUUAAAGGACUACAAACUACA